CCCUCCCUGAUCGCCUCUCAACUUUGCAUCGCCUUCAGCCUUCCAGCUGCUGCCCUCCACCUCGCCCCACCAGCAGCCCGCCCUUCUCUCUAUGAAGGCGGCCAGCAGUACAAAGGCUCGCCUUCCCCACCGCCCCGGCGUCCAGCCCUCGCUCGCCUCUGCAAGCCGCUAGCGCCAGCCGCCGCUUCCCCCGCCUCCAGGGCCAGAGCCGGAGCUCGGAUCGGGAAGAGCUUUGCCUUUCGCAGCGAGACCCGACCCGGGGAGAGAGCGAGGGAGCCAUGGCCGAGAAGAGGCAGCCGGGCAAGCCCACCGAGGACGAGGAGGAAGUUCCAGCCUUCUUCAAGAACCUGGGCUCCGGAAGCCCCAAGCCCCGGCAGAAAUUCUGUGGCAUGUUCUGCCCGGUGGAAGGCUCCCUGGAGAACAAAACCAUCGACUUCGAUUCCCUCUCGGUAGGACGCGGUUCCUCCUCCUCCUCCUCGGGCGGCAGGAUCGUGGCCAAGCAGAAGGACGUGGCCCACCUCGGACCGGAUGCUCAGUCCCAUUAUUCCUGGCAGAGCAGGAAGGGAGGGGAACCAUCUGUUGAUUUCGGGAGGAAGGUGGAGAUCCGGAGAGCCACUGGCAAAGAGGCUUUGCAGAACCUGAACGACAAGAGUGAUCGUCUUUUGAUCAAGGGUGGUAAAAUUGUUAACGAUGACCAGUCUUUCUAUGCAGACAUUUACAUGGAAGAUGGCUUGAUAAAACAAAUUGGAGAAAACCUGAUUGUGCCAGGGGGAGUGAAAACCAUUGAGGCUCAUGGACGGAUGGUGAUCCCUGGAGGAAUUGAUGUCCACACUCGCUUCCAGAUGCCUGAGCAGGGGAUGACCUCUUCUGAUGACUUCUUCCAAGGAACAAAAGCAGCCCUGGCUGGAGGCACCACUAUGAUCAUUGAUCACGUUGUUCCUGAGCCAGGCACCAGUUUGCUCUCUGCAUUUGACCAGUGGCGAGAGUGGGCAGACAGCAAGUCCUGCUGCGAUUACUCUUUGCAUGUGGACAUCACGGAAUGGCAUAAAGGAGUUCAGGAGGAGAUGGAAGCCUUGGUGAAGGAUCAUGGAGUGAAUUCUUUCUUGGUGUAUAUGGCUUUCAAGGAUCACUUCCAACUCACAGAUUCUCAGAUAUACGAGGUCCUGAGUGUGAUCCGUGACAUUGGGGCCAUAGCCCAAGUUCAUGCUGAAAAUGGAGACAUCAUUGCUGAGGAACAGCAGAGGAUCCUGGAACUAGGCAUCACCGGCCCCGAGGGGCAUGUUUUGAGCAGGCCUGAAGAGGUGGAGGCUGAAGCUGUGAACCGGGCUAUAACCAUUGCUAACCAAACCAACUGCCCCUUAUAUGUCAGCAAGCUGAUGAGCAAAAGUGCAGCUGAAGUUAUUGCCCAGGCCAGGAAAAAGGGCACUGUGGUCUAUGGUGAGCCCAUAACAGCGAGUUUGGGCACUGAUGGGUCACACUACUGGAGUAAAAACUGGGCCAAAGCAGCUGCUUUUGUCACCUCUCCACCACUGAGCCCUGACCCAACUACUCCAGACUUUCUCAAUUCUCUGCUGUCUUGUGGAGAUCUCCAAGUCACUGGCAGUGGCCACUGUACCUUCAACACUGCCCAGAAAGCUGUUGGGAAGGACAACUUUACUCUGAUCCCUGAAGGAACCAAUGGAACUGAGGAAAGGAUGUCCAUCAUCUGGGAUAAAGCUGUGGUUACUGGUAAGAUGGAUGAGAACCAGUUUGUAGCUGUGACCAGCACCAACGCAGCCAAGAUCUUCAACCUCUAUCCCAGGAAGGGACGUAUAGCUGUGGGCUCUGAUGCUGACCUGGUGAUCUGGGACCCAGACAGCGUCAAGACAAUCUCAGCCAAGACUCACAACAUAGCUGUGGAGUACAAUAUCUUUGAGGGUAUGGAGUGCCGUGGGUCACCACUGGUGGUCAUCAGCCAGGGGAAGAUCGUGCUGGAGGACAGCAACCUCCAUGUGACUGAGGGCUCUGGGCGAUACGUUGCCAGGAAGCCCUUCCCUGACUUUGUUUACAAGCGCAUCAAGGCCAGGAGCAGGCUGGCUGAGCUGAGGGGUGUUCCUCGUGGCCUGUAUGACGGCCCAGUCUGUGAAGUAUCAGUGACACCGAAAACGGUCACACCGGCCUCCUCAGCCAAGACGUCUCCAGCGAAGCAGCAGGCCCCGCCUGUCAGGAACCUGCACCAGUCUGGAUUUAGCUUGUCUGGUACAUACCUAUGUGCACAGAUUGACGAUAAUAUUCCACGCCGCACUACGCAGCGCAUAGUGGCGCCUCCUGGUGGCCGUGCCAAUAUCACCAGCUUGGGUUAAAAAAAGAGCAAUGAAAGGGGGAAAAAACAUGACCGCUUAGCGGAUCAUGGGCGAGGGUGGGGCACUUGAAGACCCUUUUUUUGAUUAUUUUAGAGCCUGUGAUGGUUACUGCGGGCAACCAAUGGGUAAGGCCUAGUUAAGGCUGCAGUUCCCCUGCCCCUUUGUUGUCAACCUCCCCCCCCCCACCUUCACAGAACCUAUUCGUUCCUCCCCCUCCUUAUACAUUUGGGAAACUCCCCCUCCCCCAUUUUGACACGUGGGGGAUGCAGAAAAAAGGAGUAAAUCAUUGAAGAGUAGAACUUGUGACUUAUAUCACCAUUAACACCAUUUUAUCUUUUUGUUUUUCUUUUAAAAAAGGAAGGAAAAAGUGAAUUUCCCAGAAGCUGCUUUAUAUUUUACUUUUUAUAUAAAUGAAGGUUCACGUUUAAUUGUUGGAAAGAGGAAUAGGAAAAAAAUGAGGUUUUAAACUGGAUGUUUUAGAAACUGGACUUGCAGCCCUGCAUCUUAAAAAAUGUGGGAGUCAUGAUUUCCCUAGGACCAAAUCUGUAUCCACCCCACUUUCCAAUUAGAGGAAGGUAGAAGUUGUGCUGCUAAGGUUUCAGGUAUUAUGGUGCUGGGAGGAUGUAGCCCGUGUUGUUCUUGGGUUUUAAUGCGCUAAUCCCAUCUCGGAAUUGAAGGAUCAUUUGUUCAUCCAUU